AUUUUCUCCGCAACGGAAAAAGCGCGGCCUCCCUCCCCCUCCCCUUCCUCCUGCCCCUUUCCCUUUCCCCUCCCGAUUCGCCCAGAUCGCCGAGCCAAAUCUCCCCAAAACCUCGCGAUUCCUUCAAGCGCCUCAUCGGGUCGGAGAUUCUGAGCGCGGGCAGGGCCGUCCCUGUUGUCGCCGGCGGCAUGGCGCAGACGCCGAACCCCAGCAGGAGGUCGUGGGUCGGACCGGCGCCGACGCCCUUCCUCACGCCACGGCCGGAGCGGCGCCAGCUCGAGCUGAGGUGGGCGGACGGGGGAUCCCAGAGCUCCGUGCGCCGCAGCGGCCUUGGCGCCGGCCGAGGCGGGGGCGGGGGCGAGAGGGAUCGCGAGGUCAACGUCCAGGUCAUGCUCCGGUGCAGGCCACUGAGCGAGGAGGAGCAGACAUCGAAUGUGCAGAGCGCCAUCUCUUGCAAUGACCCGAAGAGGGAGGCCACUGUUCUUCACAGCCUCUUCAAGCAAGCAGACAAGACGUUUACCUUUGACAAGGUCUUUGGACCAAAAUCUCAGCAAAGGUCGAUAUAUGAGCAUGCUGUUGCACCAUUUGUCAAUGAUGUCCUCGAAGGCUAUAGCUGCACUGUCUUCGCCUUUGGGCAGACUGGAACCGGGAAAACGUAUACCAUGGAGGGAGAGAUGAGGCAGAAGUUUAGUGAACUGCCGGAUACUGCUGGUGUCAUCCCUAGAGCAGUGCGGCAUAUCUUUGCUAUACUGGAAGCACGGAAGGAUGAUUAUAGCAUGAAGGUAACCUUCUUAGAGCUCUAUAACGAAGAGAUAACAGACCUAUUGGCUUUGGAGGACCAAAGCAAAUUCCCUGAAGAUAGACAGAAGAGGCCUAUAACUCUUAUGGAAGAUGGCAAAGGUGGGGCGGUCAUAAGAGGGCUUGAAGAGAUUGUUGUCUACAGUCCUAGUGACAUAUAUAGCCUUUUGGAACAUGGAUCGGCUAGGAGACGCACUGCUGACACUGCACUAAAUAAGCAAAGCAGCCGAUCACACGCCGUUUUUUCUAUAAGCAUCCAUGUCAAAGAAACAACAGUAGGGAAUGAGAAACUCAUGAAGUGUGGGAGGUUGAACCUUGUAGACUUGGCAGGAUCGGAGAAUAUAGCUCGAUCAGGUGCAAGAGAGGGUAGAGCAAGAGAAGCUGGAGAGAUGAAUAAGAGCUUAUUAACCCUGGGGCGUGUCAUCACCGCGCUUGUGGAGCAUUCAGUUCAUGUGCCAUAUAGGGAUAGUAAGCUCACCAGACUGCUAAGAGAAUCGUUAGGUGGAAAAGCCAAAACAUGCAUCAUAGCAACGGUGUCUCCAUCUGUACAUUCUCUGGAAGAAACACUAGUUACACUUGAUUAUGCUUCUCGUGCUAAAAGCAUAAGAAACAAGCCAGAGGCAAACCAAAAAACAUGCAUCGUUAUGCUCAAGGAUCUCUACCAAGAAAUGGAAAGAAUGAAACAAGAUGUCAAAGUUGCAAGGGAAAAGAAUGGAAUCUAUAUCCCUCAUGAACGGUUCGUUCUAGAGGAGGCAGAAAAAAAGAAAAUAAAAGAAAAGAUAGAACUUUUGGAGCUCAGUCUUGAAAAGCAGAGCAAAGAAGUGGAAAAAUUCAAAGGUUUGUACCUAGCAGAACAGGAACGCAGCUUGGAUUUUGAAAGUCAGAACCAAGAUUUGGAGAUAAAUCUUGAAAACUGGAAGGGAAAGUUUCUAGAUCUUCAAGAAGCUCAUUCUAGAGUCAAUAUUUCGCUUAAGGAGAAGGACUUCAUAAUCUCAAACUUACUUUGUGCCGAACACUUAAUUAUGGAACGUGCAAAGGAUAUGCGCAACACCUUGGAGAAUGCAUCUGGAGAUAUUAAUGUACUUCUGAAUAAACUAGAAAGGCAAUCAAAAACUGAAGCUGAAAAUGAAGAUUUGCUAUCUGGUUUUCGGUCUGAAUUGGAUCACAGUCUCGGAGUUCUGCAUAACACAGUUGUUGGAUCAGUUUGUGAACAACGUAAAUUUUUGGGGUCUAUGAAUGAACAAACGAAGUCAUACUUUUCAGCUAAAACUGAGUCAGCAAACCAAUUGGAGAGAAGAAUUGCAAAAGUCAAAGAUAUGUAUGUCUCUGGGGUCCAAUGCAUGAAGGAGCUCGCUAGUACCCUAAGACAGCGAUCCAUCAUAGAUUUUGAGCAGAUGAGGCUGAAUAUAUCUGCUCAUGCAAUUGCUGUUGACAAUUUUCUAGCAAUGAUGGUUUCGGAAGCUGAACAAGUUCUGACUGAUGUUCUGAAAUCUACUUCAGAGCUCAAGGAACUAUUAGCCUUUUCUGCUGAACUACAAAAGGCAGGAUUGCAAAGGAGUCUUACUUCCGCACAAGCCAUGUCAAAGACAUCAAUUGAUUUCUUUAGGGAUAUCAGGGUACAGGUGUCUAGGCUCAUAAAAAAUAUGGAACGGAAUCAAAUAGAAAGGCCCUCCCAGCUUGUUGAAUUUGAGAAGGAAUUUAAGGAAAUUUGUGUUAAAGACGAGCAAGCUGCUCUUAACAAGAUUGCUGGAAUUUUAUCAGGGUUCACUACCAAGAAAACUACAAUGGUUUCAGAAUAUGUGGGACAGCUGAAUGAGAGAUACAGUGAAGAGCACAAUCACCUGAAAUUGGAGAUGUCCAACCUACAGCACACUUUAGAUAACGGCAUAAAAGAGUCCGUGGCUUAUGCUGGAAUGGUAAAGAACCAAUUCCAGGAGGAUAAGUCAUCGCAUGCUAAAUUAAAUGAUCAAAUGGAAGACAUCUUGCAGCAAUGCUUGAAAAAUAGUGGCCAUUCCGUAUCUUAUUGGUCACAUACUCAAUCAUCUUUGCAAUAUCUUUGUAAGAGCUCAAUAAUGGAGGCUGAUGAAUUUAUCGAAGAACGGAGAAACGAAAAUGAAAAUCUGUUCCAGGAAAAGCUGAUGUUAUCUUCGCAGGAUGAUGCAGGGUUUCAUGCCAUUGCAUCUGAUGUGUUGACUGCUUCAGAGAAUUCCCUCUUACUGGAUCAUGAAACUAGAAAGAUGAUGGAAACUGUCUCCUCCACUUUCUCGGAUCGUCUGGAAUUGCUGAAUGAAAAACACAAUGAAGGCGCAGAAUCUAUAAGAAACAUCGCGAGUAACUGUCUCGAGAAGGAUCACAUGGUUAAUAGUCCAGUUCAGCAUUGUCCACGGGAGCUAUUGACCAAUGCAUACAGUUUGGAAUCAAUUGAAGAGCUAAGAGCCUCUGUGGCAGACCUGGUAGCGAAAUUCAGAUCGGAGAAUAAGUUGGAUGGAGUGGACAAGGGAAAGCAAAACUUGGAUCAAAGAACACGCACUCCUAGAAGUCCUCUCAUGCCAGUCAAUCACUACAAUGAGUGAAGAAAGUGGCAAUUGUAAAAUGUUAAAAUGCUGCAAAGAUGGCAAGAUCUCUUGCCCAUUGAUUACCUUCUUAAUUUAGCAUUCCUCGGCUGUGGGAUGCUGCAUGCAAAGAUUCUCAGUAGGGCUAGAUAAGAAAUGCAGAGACCAAACGAUUUGUACUAUUUAAAAUCUACGUGGUCUUCUUACUGUUUAUUCUUUCCAAAAUUUCUGAUCAAUCCAGUGAGCGCUUCAUGUCUCUUUCUAAAACAAGAUAAGGACUAAAAUGUUCAAUUUCUUUCUCAUACCUGAUAUACAUGGAUUCCUGGAGAGAGCAUCACACAUUCACAGGAAGGAAAUAGGUGUGGAGAAGAGAAUAAUGUGGAGAACUGCCUACUGAUCAAGUGAUCAUCAGAGGAAAGGGGAUAGGGAGAGAAUAAAUGUAUGUUUGGUUGGAGGGUGAGGUUGGAUGGAAUAGUAUCAUCUUUAUUUUUUAUGAUAGGAUGAUCUAGUUUUCUGUUUGGUUACUAUAGAUAGGGUGAGUUUGUUUUCUGUUUGGUUGGUAGGAUUAAAAUAGAUAGAAUAAGUUAGUUUUCUGUUUAGUUGAAUGGAUUAGAUAAGCUGAGUUAUGAUGAUCUUCUGUUAAACCUACCUC